UUAGUUGUCUGUGUGUUUUUUUUAACAAUAAAUAAAUCGUUCUUGGGUUUUGAAGAAAAUCUGGAGGUUCUUGUCACCAGGUCCUGUGUGCCGUCCUCUCUCUGCACUGCACACGAUCAGAUACUGUCAUUCAGUACUGAUUCUUGGACUUUGAAUGCAUCUGUUCAUUGCUGCAACACAGAUGGCUGCAACAAUCAAACUUUACCUUUCCCUAUGCAAGCAAACAAAAAUGACCUGCAGUGUCUCACCUGCACUAAUGAUCAAGAUACGGUCUGUAACGGCACUGUGCAGUGUGUGGGAAUCCAGGACCGCUGCAUUACUGUAAACGGGCAAGUUGACUUCAAUGACACAUUUCUGAUCCGUGGCUGUGCAUCUGCAAACGUAUGUGAAGUUUUGUCUCACCUGAAAGUCCGAUCUGCUUUCGCCGCCAACUUUGUUAACAUCUCCAGUGCACCUAAAUGUUGUGGAACCAGCUUCUGUAAUUCAGCCUGGACUGUCAGACUGAGUAUUUGUCCUUUGCUGCUUGGUCUCAUUUCCCUGAUUGUCUAUUAGAACCAACAAACAAAACACUCCUCUAUACAAAUAUAGAAUCAGCUGUCAAUUUAUUAAGUACACCUAGCUAAAACUAACACGGCCUAAUUCAGUUCUGCCUUCAUGUUUGUGUUAAAACAGUUCAAGAAGUGUUGAUAAUUGUGGACGAUGUAGAAACAGAGAGAUGGUUCUGUUACAUAGCCGACCCUGAUUGAUAUUAAAUUGGUGGACAAAAUAAGAGAAACAUGUGGUGACAUUAUAGCCUUUGUGAAGGUAGGAUUUAUUGUAUUUAUGGUGUACCUAAUAAACUGGCAACUGAAGCGUAUGUGUUUUUACCACAGAGUUGUUUUUGCUAUAAGUGAGUAAAGAAAUUCAAAUUACCAUCAAAUUAGCUCAAAGACUCAAAUUAAAGUAAAUGUAAGAAUUUUAAAUUGUGAAAAGAUGAAUUGUUAAUCACUUCAUGGUAACUCAUAAGUUUAUUAUUGCUGCUGAAACUAGUGUCUGCAUUUGUAUUAUUAUAAAGGCUUCAUGAAUCCAUCGGCGCCAAGUGUGUGUAAAUGUUUUGUAAAGGCGUUUCUGUUUUGGAGAGCUGCCCUCUUUUAUAACUACACACCCAGUUGUCUUCCAGUCAUCUCUUACCUUUGUUAAGUCUUCAUUUUAACACAACAGCAUGUGUUGAUGAUGAAAGUAAAUGCAAUAGUAGUUUAGUAUAU